UUCCUUCAAACCUGAACGAACGUCAACUACUGUAGGUGAGGUUACGUGGCCGACAGUUUUCUAAUUUUAAUUUUAAGUAAACAUGUAUCUUUUCGGCUUCCUUAUUUCACUGGUUUGUUUGGGCAUAAAUCAGAGUUUGGCCUAUUUUAUCACAGUAGAUGCACAUGCAGAAGAAUGUUUCUUUGACAAAGUGGAAGCUGGCACAAAAAUGGGUCUCACUUUUGAAAUAGCUGAGGGGGGAUUCCUCGAUAUAGAUGUGCGUAUUAUAGAUCCUAAUGGCCAGAAUUUAUACCAGGGUGAAAGGGAAACUGCCGGAAAGUACACCUUUGCAGCACACACAUCUGGUAUAUAUACUUAUUGUUUCUCAAACAAGAUGUCAACUAUGACACCUAAAGUUGUUAUGUUUAAUAUGGCUGUUGGUGAAUCUCCAAAAGCUGAGCAACAAGAAGGUGAAAAUGCUAAUAAGUUGGAGGAAAUGAUAAGAGAACUUACAAAUUCAUUGUCUGGUGUAAAACAAGAACAGGAAUAUAUGCAGGUUAGAGACAGAAUUCAUAGGAGCAUCAAUGAAAGCACAAAUUCUAGGGUAGUUAUGUGGUCCUUCUUUGAAGCAGUAAUUUUAGUAGCUAUGACUGUAGGGCAGGUAUACUAUCUCAAGAGGUUCUUCGAAGUAAGAAGAGUCGUGUAAACCUUAAGUCUGAUCUUCUAGAAAUUUUGUAAAAUUGAAGAUAAAUUAUAUAAUUUGAAUUUUGGGACAUUAUAAAUUAAAAAAAAGAUCUCUAGUUUUAAAUAAGAAAUUUGAUGGUACAGAAUUGACUUUGUGUUUAUGUGUUAUUUAAAUAUAUUUAUUAAUUGAAAGUUGCAGAAUUAUCUGAUUCUUGGCACAAUUAAAACAAAUUGAAAUUAACUGAAAAUAAAAAAUAUAUAGUAAAUUAUAAUUAUUAUGAGUUUAUAAAGAUUGAUAACUUAUUGUCUGCGUGAAGAUUAAAACUAGCAAGUAAUAUAUUAAUAUUAAUUUGUUUUAUUGAAUUUACUGCACAAUUACAAUCAUUUUUUCAGAACUGAUUAAUCUCAAAUGAAUUUAAAACUUAAUGAAUGUAGUUUGAAUAGAAAAAAACUAGAGGUCUUCAUAUUUAAAAUAAUAAACUUACGAAAAAGUACAAAUAUAAGUAUUUGUUUUUAAUAGUAUUUUAACUUGUAUAUACUUGAAAUCGAUAUCUUUUGGGGCGAACAUUUCUUACUGUACCAUUAAAAUUUUUUGUUAUUUCUUUUGUUGUAAAAUAUUUGUAUUAAUAAGUAAAUUUUUAUAUAAAUGCUUAUAAAUAA